AUGAUGGUGCGGCAGGGCGAGGUGCUCGUUUCCCCUUUCUUUUGUUCUCGCGUUCGAAAACAGUGUCCAUUUGAGUUUGCCCAGUCGAUGUCUGUCAACAAGUCGUGGCUUGAGGUCCAUCGUCACCCGCCGUAUUCGGCAGACGGAUUGGGAUUGCCCACUCCCUCCUUUAGCCCACACGAUCUACAUCUCUAUGUAUUGCCAAGACCGCGACCCGAGGUGCGGCCAUGGCGAUCAUCCGUUUCCUGCGGCUACGUCGGCACUCUGUUCUAUCUUCUUUCCCUUGCCAGCAUUCUUUGCUCCAUCUCCCCGGCAUGCCACUCCCUAAGACUGGGCCAUUCUGCAGAUGUUCAGCCACAUCCGCCGAAGCUUUCGUCAGCGGGGCCUUUGGAGUCCAUUCACAGGAAUCAGCAGGCCUAUGUGGCCCAUCGGGAGCAGUCCAGGGCGGGGCAGUCCCUCUCGGGGUCCCUACGCAAGAAUGGCGGCCAUCUCUUCGGGCGUUUCAACAGAAGUUACCCUCAACCUUCAUCUGCUUACAUAUCUGCAUCUGACGGGUGGAAGCAGCUGCAGCUGUUCAACUGCUGUAAGUCGUCUAGUGCUUUUAUUCUAUCUGGUUGUUUUUCAUUUACCUCACGGCAUAGGCCACCGAAAGACGUUGGUGCGGUCCGUUUGUGUGAAAUGUAAAGCAAUAGCCCCCCUCCCACCAAUAAAAGUAGAUUUUUGUAUUGUAGACCGUUUCCUUUUUGAAAGUCAAGCCACGAACAGGUGUAUUUUACUCCGGCUCUCCUCCAUUCAGAAUAGGACGACUGGAAAGCCAAAAAGCGACGGAUCACAAAAUGCAUGCGAAUUAGGUCUUUCUAAAUAUGCUUUGGAAAAUGUGCACCUGCACCUUUUCCUGAGAACUUGGAAGGCACUUUAUUAAAAAAAACCUUAAAGAGCAAGGUAGGAUGGUUCUUUAACAGCUAACAUUAACACGCGGGCAUUCCUUAGCAAUUCGUCAUGCUCUGUAUACUGUCAUCCUCACUUAGAAAGUGGUCCUCCAAUAAAUUCGGCAAUUAAUGAGUUUGAUUUUGGUGGUGGCGGCAUCGCUGCCUAAAUGGCUUUUUCUCUACUUUAUGCUCCAUGCGUGCUUCGUAUGUACGGCCAGUGCGUCUGAAGUGUAAAAACGAUGUUUGCUGAUCUGUAUUAUACAAAAACUGGAUGUUCUCUUAGCAUGACUAGGAGGCCUAGUUUAUCGGUUAGACAAACCUACGGAUAAGAAGUGAAUGUUCCAGCUAGAAGAGGCACCCCUAGAAUUGACGUUGCUAGUAAGACGACAUGUCUUAUAAACUCUUUCUACCCAUGACCCAUCUGCAUUUUCGGACGCCGAACCAAGAUUGAUUGGCCUUCAAGAGGAUGGAGAUAGGUCCACACUCAAUUUAGACUGGUGAAGUCCGGGGGAACUGUUGGAUACUUAAACGCACCAGCCUGCCGCCAAAAUGGUUUUCCAGAUUCUCUGUGACCGAGAACUCCGGACUAUAAGUUGAGCUGAACGGUGGCUAUUGGUCGGCCGUUUAUCACUUUUUCCUAGCACAGGUGCUUUCAUUUAAGUUCCAACCUUCGACUCUAACCCUAACCCCCCUAACCUGGCCUUACUUUCCUGUCACAUCCCCUUUUUAACCUAGCCCUAACAUUAAUCACAAUUCGGUUUUAUGUGGGGGGGAGGGCAGGGUGGCACAAGUGUUUUUUGCUUAGCUGUGUCCUCACUGUAAGAUUCCCUGUUUAGACUAAAAAUUUCCUAACUGCCAGCUCCAAAUCUAAAACCUUUUGGUAAACAUUUGUGAUACGUUUUAUUUAGGCUGACUUUACUAAGGGGUUUGCUGGUAUGUUUGGCUGUCUUUCCAUAAUUUGCCGGUGCAGAUUUAGGGGAGGCUUAUUGUUUUGAAGAAGUAUGCGUAACUAUGGAACAAGGAACAUGGCUUGUAAUUGCCCUAUUUUGGGAAGUUUUUGGUUGACAGACAGCGGAUAAAUAUUAGUUGCACCGAAUAGAAUGCUCUCCGACAGCAACUGCCUGCGAUAGUUUAGUCACAUUUACAACUAGGUGCAGUGUCUCCUUACAUCGACGCUUCUUGCCCCCUCACAGAACUUCCAGUGAAUCCUGUAUUUACCCAUAAACUAGUUUAUGAUCUCUAACAUCGGCAACUGACCGCUGUCCGCCCUGACGGGAAGACGCAGACCGCAUGUUUACCAAAAAGCCACCGAGCACAAAAUCCAUGCGAAUGAUGUCUUUCUAAAGAUGCUUCGGAAAAUGUGCAGCUGCCCCUCUUCCUGAGAAAUUGGAAGGGGUUUUAUUAAAAAACCUAAGGCGCUGACCGCACGUUUACCGUCCUACUUGCAACUGACGCUCUCUCAUUGUAGAUGCCUCACUCCCGAGCUUCAGAUAAUUAGGUUCGUCUGCAAGAAUGUCGCAGACCUGUAUAUGUGAAUUUCUUGCUUUUGCGAAGUCUAAUUUGCGCAUUUCGGAAGUGACUGCGGGGAGACCGGACACGGGGCUGUCAAGGGAGGUAGGAAUUGCACGUUUUGAGAUCAACCCUCAGUCGGUGUUCUGACGUCUUUUUGCCAUCGGUCGCCUACAUACAGGCAGGGACGACGAGGCGGAUAUGGAGACGUGCGCAUAACCUCCCACAUAGACACAUGCGACCUUUCGAAAGAAGUGGACGAUGCAGAGGCCUUUGUAAGUGCCAUGACGACGAGGGGCUUUUGGCAGGCCACCUAGUUGCUGCCUUGUGGGCGGUCGAUCCAGUCCACUGCACUCUGGUGGUCUUUCUGACCAGCUGUUGCCUCAUGAAGCGUUCCCCCACUUCCUUCCUGUAACUUCCUAUCCAGUUCAGCCCACAACCUCACAACAGAAUUAAUCCUACAAAUUAUUAAGAGUCCUUUGGACCUCACGUCUGAGAUUUGGGACUGGGGACCUCGCUGCUCUAUUCCUUAACCUCAAAUUCAACGAAUAACUUAGCCGUUAGUACAGAAGUUCAUAUCGUCUUUCCGAGAUGUUCUUAUCUCCGAUAGUGGGGUCAGCCUGCUGGAUUCAAAAAGACCCUGCGAACUAUUAGGGUCUUCGAGACGAUUUCCCAGUACUGACCUUUCAUCUUUCCCAUGAUCAAUUAAAUGGAAGGGAGGUCGAGCAAGCUUUCUGAAGGCAUUGCACCUGGGAGAGUACAAAAGAAUAGCAUCAAAAAGCCACUUCUAUAGCAAAUAAAUGAUCUAUGAACGAGUCCUGAGCGCUCGAAUAACAUAUAUGGAGUUUCCGUUCACAACUAGUGGGCUUUGGAUUUAAAAUCAUCCGCCUCGGGGAUUUUUUGGUACCUGUCAGUGGCAUAACACUAGCACAUUUCACGAUAGAGAUUAGUCAGUCGCGCAAGCACGUGCCAUUUGGUGUUGAAGGAGAAAGGGAGAAGGGGAGGAGGGCAGAUGGAGAAUCGAGGAUGAGAGGAGAGAGAUUCAAUGCCAAGUUUCGUCGUGAUGGCCACGGGGCGGGAGGAUCUGAGGCCUGCGGCCGGGUUCAGUGUGUUCUCGGAUUUAACGCUCUGACAAAUAAAUUGCGGACUCACACUCACAUAAUUUUUCAUUCAACUCACUGUCUUUAUCGCGAAUGGCGCAGAAAAGAGGCAGUGGAACUGAUAGUGCGCUUCUACUCACUCCAAACGACUUAUGAUGCAUUGGAAGAAACGCGUGUAGCGCAAACUCUCCCCACAGCGUGGACGACAACAUUGGAGAAUGCCAAAACUGGAUAAUCUAUUUUAACUCAAACUCUUUUAUAGUUUUCCAGAAUUGUAAGUCAAAGUGGCACCAGAGAGCCUCCUAAUUUGUAACCAUCUAUCUACGCAUAUAGUAGUCCCCUUUCCGAUUGUAUUUUUGCUGAUUGCUCUUUGGUUAUACUGAAUCUCGUUAAAGGGACCGACUACCGUGAAAGAGCAGAGAUCGUUGCCUUUUCUUGAAAUAACAAGUAAAAUCGAGGACCGUUUUCUACCUGCAAACACAGUCCGCAUAUUUCUAUGAGCGAUCUGGAAAAUUUUCCGGUCUGACCAAGUGAAUUGCGAUAUGAAAAAGUAAAAAGUUGAAUUUAAAGUGAAAAAUACCAGAUAACAAACAGGAGAUUAAGACAGCUGUCCAUCCAUAUUUGGGUAUCGAAGUCUAUCAAAGAAUCCACUAAUUUCGGCUGUUUGUGCUGAUAUCACAGGCUCCCACAGAAUUUCGUGCGCGGUAUUUUCUAGCCCGAUUCGCUCGGCUAUACUAAUGGAAGAGGAUUGCUAACGCCCUAUAUUCGACAGAAAAAGUGCAUUGGUGUAUGUGCGACCCCUUUCCAAGUGGUCUUCUGACGUAAGUAGAACUGAAAAAUCUGUGUCGCUGUCCCUUGACAUUGCACCUGGGCAUUUUUGUUCGGAAUUCGAAAGGGAGGAGUUGACGCUAGAUUCUGUUCUCUUGGUUGUGCCUCUUGGAAAGAGUUUCCUGGCCAGGGUAUGGUCACCAUCAUCAGAAAGUACUAUAGGAAAAAGAAGAAAAAACGACGAAAAGUGAUGGAAUUCUACAUGGCACUGUCGGAGUAGAAUUUAAGGAGUGAGCCGGCCUUAGUGCUGCAGGGCAUUGAAGUAAUGUCUGGGAUAAUAUCAUGUCUGUCGUAAUCUCAAAGUCUUUUGAAGCAGCUAGACUAUGAAGUGACGCUCUUGGUUUCAUAAGAGAAAAAAAGGUCGACGUUUCGUUUAAAUGCAAAAUUUCCGAGGAAAGUCCACCAUGGAUGUCGAGGGAUUUAUUCAACCUGAGAAAAAUUCGGAGAAUAGGACUAAGCCGUUCUAGAAGAUAUCAACCGUAUCCGUGGGGGAGCCGUUGCUGGUGAUGACGUCGCUGACGGUGACGACGACGACGACGACGAUGAUGAUGAUGGUGGAAAGAGUCUUUUGGUUUUUCUUUUUCUUCUGCAGGUUGAGAUUACUUGAAUCCACAAAUUUCUUGAUGGACGGAGUAGUGUGUCAUCCAGACUUAGGGGUCCUGCCAGGGCGCAGUCAUGAAACAUUACUUUCCCCUAUGAAACCUUUAGGCGGGAUUUUGUUAAUAAUAGGAAGGCUCAAUAGCAACGGUAAGGGUAAGGCCCAAGUUCGACCAACGCUCUACGAAACCCCAACCGAGAGCUUUGCGUCUUCCACAUUUGGGUUAAGUUACCCAUUUAACCUGCUGCAACGCUUGUAAUUUACUAAUUUCAAUACAACAGACUGACUGCCCAGACAGAUUUUUCAAGUAAUCAGUCCAGAAUUCAAGAGAUGAUAACAUGGUAAAAUGAAUUGAUGUGUACAUUUGGAAGAUUUAAACAAUUCAAUGGAAUGCCCAAUUACGAACAACUCGGCAGCCUCGGUGGGUGGGCGAAAGGAAUUUUUGGCCGAAUGUCAACGCGUACGUUUUUUACUGAUUGGAAAGACAGUUCGCGAAUGUACGCUUUCAAUAAUUUUUUUCAGAUUUGUACGAUAGUAAGGCGGUUUAGUUUCUAGUUCUUCCCGGUCAGCUGUCUGAUUUGCUAUCAAUCAUUUGCAAUGUCCAUCCAUACAGUAAGUUACCAUAUUACUGUACAAACCUGACGAGAAUUUAUUGGAUACAUGAGUCGGUUGAACUGUCUUCUGAAUCAACUUUUUACUAAAAGCAUUCGCCAACGGGACGCGGAUUACUUGUCAAAACAUUGGGACGUGUGGUGGGAGAGACUUUGAGCUAUUAUGUAGACUACAGGAGCACAACACCCGUCUGUUUUCUUGGCCGUGUGCGUUUGUAGGAUGAAAGGCAAAUGCCACAUGCUCCUCUCGUAAACUCGGUUAAUACGCCCGUUGAAGACCCAUACUACGGAAGUCCUAGUUUAAGACAUGCGCCGUCCCUGUGCGCAGAACCGGAUUUUUCGAGCCAUUAAAAGUGGAAGGUGAGUUAUCAGACGACUCACUAGUAUCUUCGGUACUUGGACUGCAGGGCGGACUGAGGGGAGUGAUGGGCGUUUGCUCUGCCACCACUGAAGCGGCGGCUAGCAGCUGGCUUCGGUGCUGCUGAAUCAACCUCACCGGUUUGACGAAGGGACGUGCACGUCUCCUACUUCCACCACCCUCCCACGCAGGCCCGAGUUAGAGUCGGACCACCCACAGCGCCGAGAACGUCUAGACGCCCAGGCCCAGAUCCCCGUUCCGUCUAGACGCCUUGCCUCGGACAUGGCAUCGGUUUUGGCCCGCCAACAUGCCAUGUAAAUUAGACCAUCAGUUCUCACAGAGGUUAGGUUGUUUGGCGAUGGGUUGCUGAUAAUGCGCCUUCCUUGUCCGCCCAUUUUGUCCUAUCAUCAUAGGUCUCGAACUUUGAGUUCGGCAAGGAUGAGAAUGUGCCGAGGCGCCAGACUAUCUUGCCUUUCCCCUUCAAUAGCAGUACAGCAAUCAGCCUUAACGGUAAAAGCCUUCUAGAUCGAAUUCGGCUAAACAGUAAAUACAGGCGGACACAAGUUUGUGCCCGAUAAUGGACGAGAUUAGCCGUUCCCCAACAAGUUCAGCAAUUAUAGAAGAGCUUUAAAUUAGUUUUGACAGAUUUGCUUGAUUUUAAAUGACACCCAAACUUUGGAAAGCUCGGUACGCUCAGCUGGGUUUGAGUCAAACGGAAAAUUUCGGUACUAUUAGCGCUCUAUCCAAAUAAGCCACGAGAUCCGGAUUAAGAGCCUUAACUUCUUCCUAUUUAUGGCAAGUAACUGACCCAGCCUACCGCAACCCCUGCAAUCUGCCAGUCCUCAUACGGUAGGCCGACUAGCCUGGCAGGUUUCCCCAAACACCUGCUGUGGAAUCAACCAGAUGAAUUGGAUUAAUAAAUGCUUCUAUCACGGUUUGAUUCAGCUGUGGCCACCGAGUCUUUCACAGUUAGGUGGCCAAAUUCUUAAUUAUUUCCUAGAGUAGCUGCAUUCACGAAAUUGGCAGGUGAGGCAUGAGGAAGUGGGGAUUUUAUUGAGCUGUCUAACCCAGCAACCCACUCAUAUCCAGGUUUGUUUGCUAUCUGGUCACGGAAUGAAUUGGAUACUAGCUUCUGUUUGUACGACGUGCUUGGGGAUGAGGAAUACUUUCAUGUCUCCCGCGUUUGUCAACACCUUCCUGCUGAUAUCUGCUUGAAGCGCUUGGUAUUCGUAUUCAGAUGAAGGGCAGCUAGAUUAGAUGGUCCAUAUCCCUCCCCAGUUAUGAAUGAAAUUCUGCUCCCUUGGUUUGCUAGAUGGCCAUCUUCAGUGACCUCCGUGCACGUAACCGGCCGUCACACCCCCAUUCCUCCAAACGCAUUUUCGCGCAGCCUGCUCCGAAAUUGCUUUCUGUGGUGGGAAUUAAAGGAAGGGAUCUUCUGCGUCGGAGGGCCCAUUCCCGUUCACAUAACUGCACCCGCCCGCUUGCCUGAUUCGGUUGUCUACCCUAGUGACAGACGGACAGGCAUGGUCGAUCUAUCGGAGGCUUGGACCUCAGUCCCCGCCCGACGAUGUCCACCGUGUACUCCACAGCAAAGUGAGAACAGGCACGGCGAUCUGCGCGUGAAGUGGUUUGUAGUGAGAGCAGACUUUCGCAGCAUCUACCGCACUCUCUCCUCCUUACCUUGGCCCGACGUCAAGACAGUCAGUAAGACCGGAGAUGAGGGAGGGCGCAGGUGGCUAGCACGACCGGACCCGUAUCUAGACAUACCACCACACCCUCCUAGUCCACAACAAAACUUGACCAGCAUUUUAACCAACAACAGCACGGCAAUGGGCCAGAAAGAUGAGGAUGACUGGGCAGCCAUGCUCAUGACCUGUAUACCCAGCAGGAGUGCGAGCGCAUCCAUCGGCAGAGAACCAGCUGCCAGAGAACAGCGCACAGCAGGCUGAGAGGGUCGUGGUUUGCUUUCGCAGAUCAUAACAUAACAGAUGCUUGCACAUCUUAAGACCACCCACUUUUGACAUAACAGUCUUCGAAAGAGCCCACACGAGCGCAUAGAGGGGACUCUUGGCCAGAAUCGCACGCAUGAUAAGGCUCAAAGCAAGACGCCUGCUAGCUCCUGCUAGUUUACCUUCUGUUUACCUGCGAUCCUGGCUAACAGCUUGGUCCAGCACAUCCGAAAAAUGGAAAGUGGUCCCAAGAAUUUUACAGUCUGUGCUUGAGUUUAUUUUCCGUCGUGGUAAGUCUUUUAAAGCCUAGAUUAGAUGUAGGAUUGAUAAGGGCCGUUAGAAAAUUAUCCCAUACCACUUUCGGAAGUAGAACAGACCGGAAACGCCUGUUGUCCUGGAUUGCGCUGUUCACCACUCAGUGCCUUUAUGUUCUCUGCGAACUAAAUGUGUUCCCCUUAGCCAUGUCAUUUGAUUUGUCAUUUCAACAAUACACCACUCAAGAAGAUGCAAAGAAAGAGUAAGAAGACUCACAAACCACUUACUUAGUAAAUUACUUUGCCGAUAUCUUUUCAAACCGUCUUAUCCGCAAGCCAUCACCAUACUUUCGUUGCUCGAAUUGCGUCACUUUCUAGAUUAAAGUAUGAUCACCUUUAUGUCCGCAUUUGGUUGCCCAUUGCGCCCUCGUUUUUUCGAAAUAGUAUCCCCAGUCACUAUGUUUAUCAGUUUCGUUAGCACCAUCUUCACUGUCGUUAUUUUCCCUCACGUGACUGCCGUUGCCUUCAGUUCCACCGCCACUGUCCCCUCAUUAUUAUAAUUAUUCCUUUAAAUCACCAUAGGCACCAUCAUUAUCGCCAUAGUCGUCGUCGCCGUCACCAGUGGCGUUGUUCUGUGUCUCUUUUGUAUUUUUUGUCUUUUUCUAAACCCAACCGCUUUCCUCCACUUAGGAUCAUUCCCAAUGACGUGCUCUGGCGUUUUCGAAUAGCUUACAUGGCUUUCUGGGCAGUAGGACUUUUGAAAGCUUUGAAGUAUUAGACGGAUUAAAACACCAGACAAAGUAAUUCUCCUGCUUUCCUUUCAGUUGUGGGAGCGGUGCCUAAAGAUCUUCUUUCCUCGGAAGAUGUCAUCAACCGCGAAAGGCUCAUGAAUAUCCGAUCAAUCUCCAAGCGGAGACUCCGCCGACUGCAACAGAAUGGCUUCCUUUCACACAGCACCCUCUUAAAACGCAAUCGUAAUUUAUACCCGAUAUCCGACAUCUUCCGAAGAUCCGGUGAGCAGUUUCGAAAGUCAAGACCUAAGCGCAGCCCUUCUACACUCCGAUCCAUCGACGUUAGCACAACAACUGCGACCACAGUUGCCACCUUAGCAGCCUCUAUAGUUCCCAAUAAGUCUUCGAGUAUAAUCGCUUCAACAACAAUGCCGGAGGCGACUUCCGCCAGAGAUGAGGUUCAUGCAGCGUUACCCAAGGCGACGGCGACUGUUCACCGUUUGGCGAUCCGGUCAAACACGAUUGUUGUGGAGGACGGUCUCGUUCGCGCCCGGCUACGCUAUCUGAUUCAACUGCACCAAGUCAUCCAGGGCGUCCACAAACUAGUCUUCGAAAUCCGCCUAAAUCCGGAUUUUCGACCAGUCUAUGUUGGGUGAGUGACUGUUGACAACUUUCCCUCUUAACAUUUCGUAGCCGUUACCACUCACAUAAACACACUGGCAUGGAGGUGUUGGUAUUGAUUUAGGUAUAAUGGACAUACUUGCCUGGACGUUGGUGUUAUUAAUGACGUCACACUUUUAGCGGUCCGUAGAUUGAAAUCCCAUAUAAUUGUACUGCCUGCUGGUUCGAUACUGUAGCCAGCAAUGCUAAUUUCGGCCAUCCAGUCAAUUAGAUUGUCCGUUAUGCUGCGCUAUGUCGACAACUAUAUUUUUAAAGCCAUCGUCAAGCCCUUGGUAAAGUUUUGCGGAAUGUUUGCAUCAACUAUCUCACUAAAAUCUGAUUAAAUGCGUGUUUGCUGGUAAAAUUUACUUGAAGACAUGUUGGAUAUUGACAAAUGUCUGACAACAGUUGUUGCCUUUUUGCGCGUAUUUCGUUAUUUUUGAAUUUUCCGAAGCCUUUACCCACACCGGUACUGCGGUCGUAGAUUUUCCUCACUUACCUUCAGUACACGACAAAUAUGCGGCUUUCGGUAAAAUUCAUGAUUGGGUUCAUGACAAAGAUGAACACAUCAGUAUGAGGAGGUGGAAAUGGAACGUUCUAAUGCAUUAUCACUACUGAAUGCUUUGUGUGGCUUCGCUACUGCUGCUCUCGACUUCGAUUUUCAAUCUAAAAUUUGGUUUGGAGGGUGUAACCAAGGUCUACGAAAAAUUGGACUGUUAAUUCUUUCUGAGUCACCUUCAAUAUUCAGGGGUUGGACUCUACUGACGUUUAUUUCGUGUCUGCAACAAUAGAAAAUGACGUUCGUCGACGGUAAUUAGAAAAGAAAACGUACUCUGGUCAUCAAAUGGUGGACAGAAGGACAAAUUCUGCCUAAAUGCUGGACGAGUGUUUACGGGCAGAACAAGCUUUGGACAACUUGAAUCACGUGAAAAGAAAUAAUUGGUAUCUUUUUGUCUGUGAGAAGAUGUUAGCCAACUACGUAACCUAAAACACGAGUUCAUAAAAAAAUCUGAGCCUUUUCUCCAUAGUAGAAAUUACUCACAGAAUGAAGGCGAAGGUGCAUUUCGUAAAGUAUUAUACACACAAGUUAACCUGAGGUCCGGUAUUCUCCUUUGUGCCGAAUAUGCUACCGAUAAGUUAGAUACUAGCUCAUCUCCUUUGCAUAGUUCCAUCCAAAACUUCAAAGUUAGGGUUCAAAAGAAUCUCAUUCACUUGCCUCAGUCCGGUCUUGCGACCGGCUUUGCACGCUCAUGGCCACAUGAGGUUUCACACUACUUUAGACCCCGAAGGCGAUCAGCUCUGCGCCGCAGGAGUUCCACUGAUAAUACUCUUUCGUUGGCCCAGCAGCAAAUUCCAGACCAACGGGUGGUUAUGCCCACCCCUUGUGAUUUUGCGAGUCAUGGUGGUCCAACAUCGCGACCGCCCUGCGAGGGCCGCAGCACCAUUCAGAACAUGCCCCCACGCGCUGGCGUGCGUGCGAACACGCACGCAGUUCGCGCGAAUACGCGGUCUCUCAUUCACCAGUUCUCCCCCGCCCCUUCCCCCGGUAUGGUGAUUUAUUGCAAAUACCAAAUCUCCCAGCAGUUGUGCUGACAUCCAGGUCAGCCUCGACUGCGCAGUUGUGCAAUUGAACAGUCUGCGGAAAUAAAACAAUUUGAACUUGCCCCCUUCAAAUAGCGCAGGCCUUUGGUAAACCAGUUUUAUGUUUAAACAGUUUCUACUUAUACCAAUUUAGUAACAUUUAAAUGCUAUAUCUUAAUAACAGGACCGUGGAUGACGUUUGUUCCCACUGGGCUGCCGACGUACCCGGAUCACGAUGUUCACAAAAGAAGAAGAGGUUUUACCAGAAUGAUCAAAUCUGUGUCUGCGACAUGCCGCCAGGUCUUUAUCAUCAGAGGUUAAGGAUAAAUCUUGCAGGAAUUCUCGAUGGCAUGGACGUUCCGCGAUUCAUGAUUGACUUUCUAUUUAACGACCAGGUAAUUGAGGGGAUAUUUCCUAAUGUUGAUACUGUUCAUACAACGUAAUGCUAAAGGGAAGUGAUGACUAGCGGCAUUUGUAGACUAUAGAAACUAUGUUUCACUGUUAGACUUAACGACUACUAUCGCCGCUGUUUUUGUCAAGAUUCGGUGAGAUUUAAGGUAGCACACUAUUCCAUACUCGCAGCUCAAUAAAUUGCCUAGGUCAGGAAAGAGGGAGGGUAUGGAUAGGAGCUAGCGCGAGGGCAAUCGAGCCGCCAGAUACUGUUAGUACAUUGCUGACCCGCUUAGACGAUAGGGUCGGAAAAAGAGCUAGAUGACUAAUAGGGCAUUUAUUCUUCCUUGUUCGAAAUAACGUACAGUUUAUAAUGAAAAAUACUGUAGAACACUCGAAUCUUGUCCCGUAGACGAGCUCGCCGGCACAAUAAAAACAGGUCAGACGUAGUCUCGCAUACAGACUUACAGAGUUAGACUAACAUUAUCGCAAGGACUUCAUUAUGCUCUUUCAUAGAACUAUGGAAGCAAGUUUUCUGCGAAUAGCAUAGUACUGCAGUGCAUAAAUAAUGAAUUCUAUCUAUCUAAUUAGUCCCAUUCCACGAUCUUCUGGGGGUGGGAAGUCGAGGACUUUAGACAGCAUUCUCGUCUACCAUCUGAGGUGAAUUUCGCUGAAUUCGGUCCCCUUUAGUAAGCGGCACUAUGGACGAGAGUAUUUAUAAAAUGGAGACUUGAAACCGACCUUCUAGCCAUUCAUCAGCAGCAUGCUCUCGAAAGCCGAUUCUGAGCGGCAUUUGUCGAAUCCCUGUCACAUAAUCUACAACCGUCUUGAAUAUGUGGUGUGAUUUUACCGCGUUUUUAUUUCAUAUUUUAACCCACUCCAAUCUGCACACCUUUUCGUUUUAGCGGUUGAACCUUUACGUUACCGUCCGCCUGCAAGCUCAAGGAAAUAAAACCGUCGCUUGCAUGCAGACGAAGCUCCCGGUGCAUUUCAAGUCAACGUGA